CAAAUAUGCUGACUUUGGAAAUUUUGUUGAACAAAGACUCUGGUUUGGGAGACUGGAUUACUUUCUUACAAGUCUCGACUGUAGUAUUGUUGUCCCUUCGCAAGCGCUUUAGAUGGAGGAGGAAGAUCCCGCUAGCUGCAACACUAUUUUGUUCGUUUUUAUAUUAUAUGAGUAGUUCUUUGAAUACGUGGAGUCUUCAGUACGGAAUUUCUGUACCGCUUUAUAUAGUUUUCCGUUCUUCCUCGCUUUUAACAACUUUCUUGUGCUCUCUAGUUUUUCAAAGAAAGCCUGUUUACUUUUGGGAAACUCUUUUUGUCCUUUUUACUUCCUGUGGCCUAUUUUUAGUUUCGUGGGCAGCAGGCGCUAAUUCUGUUCAGGAAACCCUGAAUCUGAGAAAACUUGAUUCGGUGAAAGGUCUUUUUUGUAUUUUAUUGGGUUCUUUUCUGAGUCCUCUGCUGAGUAUAGUUCAGGAAGAAGUUUUGAACCGCCAAGAGGACAAAGCAGAAGCCUCAGAGGAACUGUUGUUCUAUAUGCAGUUGUUCUCGUUAACGGGCUAUGUACUUCAAGCGAAGCAACUUUUUUCCUUAACGAGAGGUUGGCUGCUGUCACAGCGGCAAGAAAGAAGCCAACACUUGACCAUUCUUUUAUUAAACGUCCUAACACAAGUAUUUUGCAUACGCUCAGUUUUUGCUAUGAGUGCUCAAAUUAAUGCAGUUGCUCUACAAAUGGCACUUAGUGUGAGGAAGUUACUAAGCUUGUUACUGAGUUAUUAUGUUUUCAAUCAUCGUUUGACUAGAAGCUAUUGGAUUGGAGCCCUUAUGACGUUUCUUGCCUUUCCAUUUUUAGUCACUGGCGGCUGUCUAAAUAGGAGUUUCGCUUUAACAUCUCCUUAGUGCCUUGUUCUAUUAUCCUGAUGAAAAGUAUUAUUUUAUAAAGUAACAUUUUGUUUGGCUAAACUAGUUCUCGUUGUCUGUAAUUAAGUAUAUCUGCUGGAGAAUGGUGUGUAUCCCUCAUUAUAUUGUGGUUCACCUUGUAAAGACAUUUG